AGGCCAGGAGGAGGGUGGAUGGUCACUCAUUACUGAGGGCCGAGGCCAAGGGGCUGGGUGGUAUCUGGUCACUUAUGUAACCUGUGGGCAUAUAUGGGCACACGGGCCCAUGGGACUUGCCUACCUGCCAGCUCUGCUCCUCUCAGGAUGAAGGUGGUUGUGGGCCCAGACCCAUCCCUGGUCUACCGGCCUGAUAUGGAUCCAGAGACAGCCAAAGACAAGGGCAGCUUCCGAAACUACACCUCCAGCCCGCUCCUGGACCGUGUCUACGCCACCUACAAGCUCAUGCAUACAUGGCAGACUGUGGACUUUGUCAGGAAGAAGCACGCCCAGUUCGGGGGCUUCUCCUACAAGAAAAUGACUAUCUUGGAGGCUGUGGACAUGCUGGACAGGCUGGUGGAUGAGUCGGACCCAGACGUGGACUUCCCCAACUCCUUCCAUGCCUUCCAGACGGCUGAGGGCAUCCGGAAGGCCCACCCUGACAAGGACUGGUUCCACCUCGUCGGGCUCCUGCACGACCUGGGGAAGGUCCUGGUUCUGGCAGGGGAGCCCCAGUGGGCGGUCGUUGGAGACACCUUCCCAGUUGGCUGCCGUCCCCAGGCCUCUGUGGUUUUCCGUGACUCCACCUUCCAGGACAACCCCGACCUCCAGGAUCCUCGAUACAGCACAGAGCUCGGCAUGUAUCAACCCCAUUGCGGACUCCAGAACGUCCUCAUGUCCUGGGGCCAUGACGAGUACAUGUACCAGGUGAUGAAGUUCAACAAAUUCUCCCUCCCCCCGGAGGCCUUCUACAUGGUCCGGUUCCACUCUUUCUACCCGUGGCACACGGGCGGCGACUACCGGCAGCUGUGCAACGAGCAGGACCUGGCCAUGCUGCCCUGGGUGCAGGAGUUCAACAAGUUUGACCUCUACACCAAGUGUCCUGACCUGCCAGACGUGGACAAGCUGCGGCCCUACUACCAGGGGCUCAUCGACAAGUACUGCCCCGGCAUCCUGAGCUGGUGACUGGCCUGCCCACCCCGCCCAUGCCUGGCCGGGUGCCCCAUGGUGACAGCCACUGUCAGACACAGUGAUGACCCGCCCCGGCCUCCCUGGAGCACCCCACACACCCACCUACAGUCAGCACUCCCCUCCCUGGUAGCCCCUCUGUCCAGUGGCAAUAAAGACCUGCAGCAGCUUGUGAGUCUGACCCUCACUGAGGCCGCGGCGUGGUGUGGCAGCCAGCAGGGCACACGUGCAGGGAGGAGGCAAGCCGUGGCCUCCUGGACACAUGUGUCCCGCCGUACCUGCCACCAUAAACAUCACCGGAGCCCAGCUCCAGUGUCAGAACCUGGGGUCGCCCUACUCACCCCCACAUUCUCACAGCCGUCUCCAAGUCCUCUGAGCUCGGUCUCCUUAAAAAAACAGAACAAAGCACCUGAUAGCCAGAAGAAUGCACGCACUACAGAAAACAACACCGUAAGACAAAUGCACGGGGUAAUUACUGUGAACAUGACCCUGGAACAAACACCCCAGUGCCCGCCCCGUGCCCCGAGGUGCGGCCCCUGUCUUGGCCCGGCAAACCACCUCCUUUUCUGUGGGGUUUUGUUCCCCGAGUGUGUGUCCCUCAGUGCUAUGGCUCAGUGCUGGCUUCGCUAUAUCUUCUGGCGGUUUAUUUCUUUGAAAAAAGUGAAUCAUUUGUCUCAGGGAAUUUCCUGCUGUCAGGAUUUUGCAGAUUGCAUCCCCAUGGAAUCUACUAAUAUUUUUCUUGAUAUUUCCUGUUAAUUGGCAAAUGAAUUUAGAGCCUUAAUCAGAUUCAGGUUUGCAGGCAAGAGUGCUUCAGAGGUGGGAGCGUAUUCUCUAUCAGGAGGCACAGGCUUGUCUGUUGUCGGAAGCCACCGUGUUCAGGUUCAUCUAAGAACAUUCUUACCCGUGAGAAGGCAGAACAGCAAUGCCGCAGCUCCAUGCCGCCUUCUUCACUCACCUGAUGGAACUCGGUGGGAAAGAGCAGCUUCCUCCAGGGCUAUUUGGUUACUGUUUAUGGAGGAAAGGCAAGUAAACGUUCCAGUCUUUCUCUUAAUUUACCAAUUUGCAAGAGGUGGUUCCCUAGCAUCCUUCAAAGGUGAUCAAUGUGUCUGUUUUUGUAUUAAGAAUGUAUAGAUUU